AUGGAGGAUGAUAUGGAGAACCAUCAUGAGGAAGAGAGGAUAAUCAAGCUUAGAACUGAGGUGCAAACCUUCAGGCAGCUGGAUGGAGAAACUUUGUAUGAAGCCUGGGAAAGAUACAAAGAGCUAACAAGGAGAUGUCCACCUGAUAUGUUCAAUGAAUGGGUGCAGCUGCACAUUUUUUAUGAAGGUCUUUCUAGAGAGGCAAAGAAGGCCCUGGACCACUCUUCAGGAGGCUCUCUCAAUACCAAAAAGACCUCAGAAGCGGCCACUGACAUCAUUGAAACAGUGGCCAAUAAUGAGUACUUCUAUGCCUCAGAGAGGAGCACCAACAGAGGGGUAAUGGAGUUGAGUCACAUGGAUGCAUUGCUAGCCCAAAACAAGUUGAUUACCAAGGCAAACCAAAGGAAGGAAUGCAAGGCCAUCACACUCAGGAGUGGGAAGAAACUGAAGGAAACUUCAAGGGAAACACAAGGGAAGAAGGUGGAUAAAAGCAUAAAUGAUAAAGAAGAAGCACAAAUACCUGCCUCUAACCCACCUCAAGAGAAAGAAGUCCCGAGACCAUAUGUUCCAAGGGCCUCUUACCCUCAACGAUUGAAGAAUAAUGAAAAGGACAACCAUUUCUCCAGCUUUUUGGAAGUUUUCAAGAGACUCCAAAUCAAUAUUCCCUUUGCUGAAGCACUAGAGCAAAUGCUACUUUACGCCAAGUUUUUGAAGGAGUUAAUGACCAAGAAGAGGAGCUGGAGAAAUGAUGAAACUGUAGUAUUAACGGAGGAACGUAGUGCUAUCAUUAAACACAAACUACCUCAGAAAUUGAAGGACCUGGGGAGCUUUCAAAUCCCUUGUAUUAUAGGAGAAAUCACAGUGGAAAAAGCCUUUUGUGAUUCGGGAGCUAGCAUAAAUUUGAUGUCCUUAGCAAUGAUGAAGAGAAUGAAGAUUGAGGAAGCCAAACCAACAAGAAUGGUGCUUCAAUUAGCAGACCGAUCAUUCAAAUUCCCCCAUGGAGUAGUAGAAGACUUGUUGGAGAAGGUGGGAAACUUUAUCUUCCCAGUAGAUUUUGUGGUAUUGGAUAUAGAGGAAGAAGCCAAGGCUUCAAUCAUUCUGGGAAGGCCGUUUCUAGCAACAGCUGGAGCCAUCAUCGAUGUCCAAAAAGGAGAACUUACCCUUAGGCUACAUGAUGAAAAAAUGGUAUUCAAUGUGCUCAAAGCCAUGAGUUAUCCACGGGAAUCAUUAGGAGAAUGCCUGAGGUUGGAUGUAGUGGAGAUCUUAGUACAAGAAACCUUUGAAGAGGAAGAACUUGAGGAGGUAUCAGAAGAAGAUCCCACAUCAAACAGUGAGGCUGCAGUAGUUCAAUCAACCGAGGUACUCUUUCCAAGCACAUUAGAGGAAAAGAAGGAAGAGAAAGAAGCACCCAAACUUGAACUAAAAGCAUUGCCUCCCACUCUCAAGUAUGCAUUCUUGGAAAGUGAUGAGUUACCCGGUGAUCAUCAAUUCUGCUCUAAGUCAAGAAAAAGAGAAGGAAUUAAUUACAGUGCUACAAAAGUAUCAGGAUACCAUUGGAUGGACCCUUGCUAA